AUCUUGGGGGCGGGACUCGGCGGUGGCGUGGGGGCGGAGCCUGCUUGCGUACCUCCUCGGGACUCGGCUCUGCCGGAGCCGGGGGCUUUGCUGCGGCGGCUGCGGUCGCGGCGGCGGUGCGGGCCAGAGAUUGGAGUGAACCACAGACACUUACCGACUACUCUCUGCCAACAUGGGGGAGCUUUUCCGGAGCGAGGAGAUGACGCUGGCCCAGCUGUUUCUACAGUCAGAAGCUGCUUAUUGUUGCGUCAGUGAAUUAGGAGAACUCGGAAAGGUUCAGUUUCGUGAUUUAAAUCCAGAUGUGAAUGUUUUCCAGAGGAAAUUUGUGAAUGAAGUUAGAAGAUGUGAAGAAAUGGAUCGAAAGCUUCGAUUUGUCGAGAAAGAGAUAAGGAAAGCAGACAUCCCAAUUCUGGACACUGGUGAAAACCCAGAGGUGCCCUUCCCCCGGGACAUGAUCGACUUAGAGGCCAACUUCGAGAAGAUUGAAAAUGAACUGAAGGAAAUCAACACCAACCAGGAAGCCCUGAAGAGAAACUUCCUGGAACUGACUGAAUUAAAAUUUAUACUUCGCAAAACUCAGCAGUUUUUUGAUGAGGCUGAAUUGCAUCAUCAGCAGAUGGCGGAUCCAGACCUGUUGGAAGAAUCCUCGUCACUCUUGGAGCCAAACGAGAUGGGAAGAGGCACUCCUUUAAGACUUGGCUUCGUGGCUGGUGUGAUUAACAGGGAGCGGAUCCCUACCUUUGAACGCAUGCUUUGGCGAGUGUGCCGCGGGAAUGUGUUCCUGAGACAGGCUGAAAUCGAGAACCCGCUGGAGGAUCCCGUGACUGGCGACCACGUGCACAAGUCUGUAUUCAUCAUUUUUUUCCAAGGCGAUCAGCUGAAAAACAGGGUCAAGAAAAUCUGCGAAGGGUUCCGAGCCUCUCUCUAUCCCUGUCCUGAGACUCCACAGGAGAGGAAAGAAAUGGCUUCUGGAGUCAAUACCAGGAUCGAUGAUCUCCAGAUGGUUCUCAAUCAAACAGAGGACCACCGCCAGAGGGUUCUGCAGGCAGCUGCUAAGAACAUUCGGGUCUGGUUCAUCAAGGUGCGGAAGAUGAAGGCCAUCUACCAUACCCUGAACCUGUGCAACAUAGAUGUGACCCAGAAGUGCCUGAUUGCAGAGGUCUGGUGCCCUGUCACUGACCUUGACUCCAUCCAGUUUGCCCUUAGACGAGGAACGGAACACAGCGGUUCUACUGUCCCCUCCAUUCUGAACAGGAUGCAGACAAACCAGACUCCCCCAACGUACAACAAAACCAACAAGUUCACAAACGGCUUCCAAAACAUAGUAGAUGCUUAUGGGAUUGGGACUUACCGAGAGAUAAACCCAGCUCCAUACACCAUCAUCACUUUCCCUUUCCUGUUUGCUGUGAUGUUUGGAGAUUUCGGGCACGGCAUUUUGAUGACGCUUUUUGCUGUAUGGAUGGUGUUGAGGGAGAGCCGAAUCCUCUCCCAGAAGAACGAGAACGAGAUGUUUAGCACCGUGUUCAGCGGUCGAUACAUUAUUCUUCUGAUGGGAAUAUUCUCCAUCUACACUGGUCUCAUCUACAAUGACUGUUUUUCCAAGUCUCUGAAUAUCUUUGGGUCAUCGUGGAGUGUACGGCCAAUGUUCACUGACGGGAACUGGACGGAUGAGACGCUUCUGGGAAGCUCUGUUCUCCAGCUGAACCCAGCUAUCCCUGGAGUUUUUGGUGGACCGUACCCGUUUGGCAUUGAUCCAAUUUGGAACAUCGCAACCAAUAAACUGACCUUCCUUAACUCCUUCAAGAUGAAGAUGUCUGUUAUUCUCGGGAUCAUCCACAUGCUCUUUGGAGUCAGCCUGAGCCUUUUCAACCACAUCUAUUUCAAGAAGCCCCUGAAUAUCUACUUUGGCUUCAUCCCUGAAGUAAUCUUCAUGACCUCCUUGUUUGGCUACCUGGUCAUCCUUAUCUUCUAUAAGUGGACAGCCUACGAUGUCCACUCAUCUAGGAAUGCACCAAGCCUCCUGAUCCACUUCAUCAACAUGUUCCUCUUCUCCUACCCAGAGUCUGGUAAUGCGAUGCUGUACUCGGGACAGAAAGGGAUUCAGUGUUUCCUCAUAGUGGUUGCCAUGCUCUGCGUCCCUUGGAUGCUGCUCUUUAAGCCCCUGAUCCUGCGCCAUCAGUAUUUGCGGAAGAAGCAUUUGGAAGGGCAACCCGUGGAGGCCCCAGUCAGCCCAACCCCGAGCCAACAGGGACUAGAGGCAGCAUCGGCUGCAACAGGAACUCUCAACUUUGGUGGGAUCAGGGUGGGCAACGGACCGACAGAGGAGGAUGCUGAGAUUAUUCAGCAUGACCAGCUCUCCACCCAUUCAGAGGACGCAGACGAGCCUACCGAGGACGAAGUGUUUGACUUUGCGGACACCAUGGUCCACCAGGCCAUCCACACCAUCGAGUACUGCCUGGGCUGCAUCUCCAACACGGCCUCCUACCUGCGGCUCUGGGCCCUGAGCCUUGCGCAUGCACAGCUCUCUGAAGUGCUCUGGACCAUGGUGAUCCACAUAGGCCUGAAUGUCCGGAGUCUGGCCGGAGGGUUUCUACUGUUCUUCAUCUUCACCGCCUUUGCCACCCUGACUGUGGCCAUUCUGCUGAUCAUGGAGGGCCUCUCGGCCUUCCUCCACGCCCUGCGGUUACACUGGGUGGAAUUCCAGAAUAAAUUCUACUCCGGGGCUGGUUUCAAGUUUCUCCCCUUCUCCUUUGAGCAUAUCCGGGAGGGGAAGUUCGACGAGUGAGUCCCCGGCAGGGCGCAUGCCCAGAACAGUUCUCCCCCACCCCACCCCCUUGCCUCCACAGGGAUGGUCUGUGUUCCUUUUGCCUGUUGGUUGUGAUCCCUGGAAACCAGGGCAUUUGUGUGACCCCUGCGACCCCU